UCUUUCGCAAGGAAGAUAACUCUGAUAGACAAUCGUGCUUUGCACAUGUGUUGAGGUUGGACCAAAACAACUUUUUUUUGCAGCUUCUAGUCAGUUGUUACCCACAGCUUUAAGGAUGGCCGAAUUUGUCAGCAAAAGCAUUGAAGACAUGCUUCCAGAAAUGGAGCGACUUGAAAGAGUUCGACUGUUCUCAAAAGAAGAAAUAAGAACUAUUUUGAAGAAAAGACAACGGCUGGAGUACAGACUGAGAAAGAAAACAAGACAGCAAAUGGAUUACAUUCGCUACAUCCAGUAUGAAAGAAGUGUGCUGGCACUCAUCAAGAAACGUAGAAAGCUGGUUGGCUACAACUUCAAAAAAGAGAGGAUUGAAGUACCUAUAAUACAAAGAAUACAUAAAUUAUUUCAGUUGUGUCAGACAAGGUUUCCUGAAUCUCUGGAUGUAUGGCUUCAGCAUAUUGAGUUUUCCAAGCAAAGGAAAGACUAUAGACAUGUAAGCAGAACAUUUGCAUCUAUGCUGAGGAUCAUGAACAAAAACCCAGAAAUCUGGGUGAAGGCGGCGCAGUGGGAGGCAUCUCAGUCCAAUUUGGACAUGGCGAGGUCUCUGAUGCAACGUGGUAUUAGUUUUAAUACUUCUUCUCGCUUUCUAUGGACAGAGUUUUACAAGAUGGAGCUUACUGCAACUGACAUGUUAAAAAAAGGCUCUGUUAUUACAGACCAGACAACAGUUAAUGACCCAGCCCUCGAUGGUAAAAUUGCUGAAAUUAUUCUCAGGAAUGCUGUCAGAGAAUUUCCAGGUGACAUACAGAUACUGACAGACCUGAUGGAAGCCUGCAAGAAUUUUGAGUUUGCCAGGUCACAUUUAGACUUUUUAAUAACUGAGCUCAAGGAAAAGUUCCAUGCAGAACCUGCCAUGUGGAAUACAUUAGCCAGGCAUCUCCUUCCCACAAAAUUUGGAGAAAUUUUGCCAGCAGUGACAGUGGAGGAGGAGGAGCGUUGCUUCACCAUCUACCGUCAAGGUGUGUUGGAGGCGCCUGGAGAAGAAAUAUGGACCCUGUAUUUGAAGACAUGUCUGCAGUUGUUGGCCCUUCCAGCUAAGUCUAAACGAAGAGAAAAGCGACUGUCUCGAGCACUUGAAGUCUUCAGCGCAGCUUCAGAAGCGACGGUCUCUCAGAGGAGAUGUUCAUUGAAUGGAUGCAGCUGCUAGCAGAGACCCUUCAAGCAGAGGAAGCCCAGCGGGUAGGUCGACAGGGUGCGAAGAGGUUCCCUACCAGCACCGGGUUGUGGCGUCAGCUGCUGCUGCUGCUGUGCCGGACGCUGAGUCCUGCAAGUGACGUGCUGGACUGC